AUGGCUGCCAGGACUCCAGAAAAAGAGAAAGAGAAAGCGAGAGAUGGAGACAACACGCUAAAUGUAGAGAAAAAAAGAAAGCGUCUUGCUCUUUCUCCUCUACAAUUAGAGUCGGACAUCAAACCCCCACCAAACGGACAUCUGAGUUUUCAGGACUGCUUUGUGACUUCGGGGGUGUGGAACGUAGCCGAGCUGGUACGAGUGUCUCAGACCCCUGUUGCAACAGCAUCAGGUCCUAAUUUCUCUCUUGCGGAUCUGGAAAGUCCCGGUUACUACAAUAUCAACCAAGUAGCACUCGGCAGACGUUCACUUGCCUCUCCUCCAUCCACAAGGUCUGAGGUGGAGCUGUACGCCAGUCUUCCUCGGAGCUCUAAUAAGCGUAAGUCUAUAGAUGACAGUGAGAUGGAGAGUCCUGUCGAUGAUGUCUUCUACAGUCGUUCUCCGGCCGGCACCAGCUCCCAGUCCAGCGGCUGGCCGAAUGAUGUCGAUGCAGUUGCAGUUCAGCACCAUUUGACGAGUGUUCAAGAGAGGAAGAUAAAACAUGAGAAUGAUGGUGUGCAGUUUCCUUACCAUGGGCUGUCCUCUCCUGGGUCUCUAAAGAAGCCAGCGGGGAAAUUCGAUUUCAGCGCCCUGUCAGCACAGACGAGGUCCCCCCGAAUGGCCUUCACACACCACCCGCUGCCCAUGCUGGCAGGCGUGAGACCAGGGAGUCCGCGUGCCUCAGCCUCUGCCCUUCAUUUUCCUGCUCCCUCCAUCAUCCAGCAGUCCAGUCCAUACUUCACCCACCCCACCAUCCGCUAUCACCACCAUCAGGACCCACUCAAAGAGUUCGUCCAGUUCGUCUGUGCUGAUGGCUCGGGGCAGCCGGGGGCACAGCCUAACGGGAGCGGUCAGAGCAAACUGCCCGGCUCCUUCUUGCUGCCACCUCCUCCUCCUCCGGUAGCGCGGCCGGUGCCGAUGCCCCUCCCCCUGCCCGAGCACAAACCCAGCCACACACACCCCGAGAGUGGAGUCGGCUCCCCGGCCUCGCCCUCAUACCCAGCGCCAGGCUCCACAGCUUCCAACAGGUUUGUCGGCAUCGGAUCACGGGACAACAACUUUCUGAACAUCCCACAGCAGACUCAGUCAUGGUUCCUUUGACGAGACUUUUCAUAAACCACACAGACACAAAUCCACAAUGAAAACUGGAAAUGGAGUCACAAAGCUAAGUAUGGAACUUCCCCACACGCCCCCCUGUAAAGUCUCUCUCACACACAAACACACGCACAAAUACACACACCAUUCCCCAAACCGCUGACACCCUCUUUGGAUCGAGGGAUCUGGAAGACUUCAGCAUUACCCUGCCAGUCUGGAUAGCUCGGAGAACCAAACAUAGGAACGACACACCGACGUCUUCAUCGUGUUCCCGAGACAUCCAGCACAUUGACCAAUCCCAUCUACCUUUCUUUAAUUUGUUCAUCCACCAGUCAUAUGCCAUGGUGAGGAAAUCCAUCUCUUCCUAGUCAGAACUCUAUUCAUGAAAUCAUUGAAAAGGGACAUUUGAAACGGACAUGUGACCUGGAUGAUGUCGGACACGUGUGAUUGGAUGGAGAGACUUGGCUGAAGCCUUCUGAUUGGCUCAGGCUUAGAUUUCCUUAUCUGGAUUUGAUGAUUUUGGUGAUGCCCUCCAGUGCAGUGUGAACUCGGCAUCCUCUCACUGUUUACCAGUUGACAAGCAAUAGACUGUGAGCGAAACAACAGAUAACACUAACCGAGUGCAGUUCACCUAAACGUAUGCAAUGUGAUUAAUGAUAAGGGAUGACAGAAGCUUUGGGCUUGGAGUCAGGCUCCAUGUUUUGUAACAGAUGAGUACCAGCAGAGCAAUACACAC